AGUCUCUACACACAUGCUUCAAAUAAAUGUAAUAUAUUGACAUUACAGCUGUUUACAUUUCUCAGGUUUUGUGUAUGUAUGUGUGUGUGUGUGUGUGUGUAUUUCCUUGGGCCAUUUUAACAUGGUUUGUCCUGGGCCUGGGCGAUAUACCUUAAAACAUCCUACUUGUGACCUGCAAUCAAUCAUACCUUUCAACUUCCAGACCAACAGGGGGCCCUGCUGUGAAAACCUAAAGCAUGGUAUCAACCAUCCUUUAAUCAAUCAAAAAAAAAAACUGUUAUUAAGCAUUAGGAGAUCUAUCCAUUUUCUGAACCAUGGGGAGCCGGGAGCCAAUCCCAGGGGACUCGGGGCACGAGGCGGGGGACACCCUGGAUGGGGUGGGCACAAUCAUGCACACACUACGGACAAUUUAGAAAUGCCAAACAGCCUACAAUGCAUGUCCUUGGACUGGUGGAGGAAGCUGGAGUACCCGGAGGAAACCCCCGUGCACACAGGGCAAAGGGAAUCGAACCCCCAACCCCGGAGCUGAUAGCGGAGUUCAGUAGUAACAGGAUUCUCUACCAGUAUGAGAGUGCGUCAGUGCCGCAGCUUGAAGGGUGUUUGCGUCAUGCUGGUGUGUGUGACGCUGGCUCUGCACGUGCUGGUCAUUCUAGUGACUCUGUCGACGUUCCCUUCAACCUGUGAACCCAUUCAGCGGCCUCAAACUGAACCUCGCAACUUCACCUCAGCCAACCUCACACGCUCUGGCUCUACCAGUACGGCCAGGCAAAUGCGUGUAGGAGCAGCUGAUCUUGCCAAGCUGGAGGCUUUGUUCUCCCACGUGCUGUAUAGCCUGCAUGCUCCGUCCAGUCCCGAUGACGACACUCUGCUGCGAAUCCGAACCCAGGAAGAGCACAGCGAGGAGCACAGCGCACAGCAGUGGUUAAGUAACAGCAAGGACGGCUAUGAACCUGUCAAGUGGAACAGCAGUACAGAUACCCACCCUCCCUGGCUUCGGUUCCACCUCGGCAUCUCCCGGUGGCAGCUGUAUCCACACCGAGACACCAACCUGCCUGCUCUUGUGGAACAGCUCUCAACGCACCGCAUCGUCAGCGCAGUUCAGAAAACCGGAGGAACACAGCUGAAGUUGGUGAUGACGUUUUCUAACUACGGAGAGGCGCUCUUCAAGCCCAUGAAGCAGGAGAGGUACGACGAGACUAACGUGAACCUGUACUAUUUCUCGGACUUUGAGAGGCACAAUGCCGAAAUCGCAGCCUUUCACCUAGACAGGAUUCUGGGUUUCCGGCAUGUACCUCCGGUUGUCGGAAGACUGGUUGAUGUAAUUAAGGAAAUUAAAGACAUCACCACUGACCACAAACUGGCCAAGACCUUCUUCAGUUCUCCAGUGGGAAAUGUGUGCUUUUACGGCCAGUGCUCGUACUAUUGUUCCACGGAGCAUGCGGUGUGCGGCCGGCCCCGUGCUCUCGAGGGCUCCGUAGCAGCCAUGUUGCCUGACCUUGCCCUCGCACCUCGCCGCUCCUGGAGAAACCCGUGGAGGCGCUCAUACAGCCGCAGCAAGCUCGCUCUGUGGGAGAAAACCCCAGGAUACUGCGACGCCGUGAAAAAGACUCCGCCCUAUGACCGAGGCACCCGAUUGGUGGAUCUCAUCGAUAUGACCAUUUUGGACUUUCUGCAAAGUAAUAUGGACAGACACCACUAUGAAACAUUUGAAAUUUUUGGCAACAACACGUUCCUUCUACAUUUAGAUAAUGGAAGAGCGUUUGGUCGUCACUCUAAGGAUGAACCAUCGAUACUCACUCCUCUCGUGCAGUGCUGCAGAAUCCGCCGUUCCACGCUGCUUCGCCUGCGUCUGCUCUCCUCCCAUCAGUACCGUUUGAGCGAUGUCAUGCGGGCGUCUCUCUCUCAGGAUCCACUGGCAGCCGUGGCCCCCCUCCUCACCGAGCCUCACCUUUCCGCUUUAGACCGCCGUCUAGCAGCAGUGCUCCAGACCGUCCAGCGCUGCCUCCUUCAGCACCAACACCUCCAUGAUGUCAUCUACGAUGAUAUCACUGACUACUCAGGCUAGGAAAGUGCUGUAAUGACUAAUCCGUGCUCACUGAAUGCUCAUCUUUUGUACUUCCUCAGCAAAAAUGUACUGGGUGCCAGUAUGAUAUUACAAAUUACAGCCUGGGUGACAAUAUAUAUAUAUAAAAGCACUGCAUCAUUGCAUAAGAGCACUUGAUCUUGAUUUGUAUUAUAUAUAAAUUUAUAUAAUAAAAUGUGUUAGAUGUUUUUACAACUUUUCUUUUUGAUAUGCUCGUACUGCUCAGGGUUGUGGUGAGACAGGAAAUACCAAAAAAUAUUUAAAUGACUAUAAAGACAUAUUUAUUUUAUUCUCUUUCAUCCUAUUUUAUUUUCAUUUUAGCCAGUUAUAAGAAGGGGUGCAGAAACGAAACUUUUCAGACGUUUGUGUCUCGUAUCUGUUUACUCUGUAUAAUAAAUGGUUCAUUUCAGUUGAA